UUCCCAUUAUGCCUCCAGUAAAAACCGAUGGAGAUAGUGAUGGGGAUGGAGAUUUGUCCGGUGGUGAGUCGGAGCAUUCCGGAUCCAGCCAGGGACAGGAUCACGAUUCCAGUGCAGAGGAAGCGGACGAACCGGAUUCGGACGAUUCGUCGGAAAUGUCCGAAGGCGAAUGCGAACGGCGACGUACCAAUUGUCAAGAUAAUCUAACGAGCCUCGAAAAACAGUUUGGCAUCCUGAAGGAACAGCUGUACAAGGAGCGUAUGGUGCAGGUAGACCAUAAGCUGCAGCAAAUCCGGGGUGGCCGGUUGCAGGAUUACUUUAUACCGUUGCAGCAACUUCAAACCAACAUGGACAGCCGGAAGGAGGUGGCCGAAGUGAUGAAGAAGUACCGUGUCAAUAACAUUAAGAACAAGUUUGAAUCGGAACUGCAAGCUUGCUACCAGCAUUUCGAUAGUGAACAAAAUCUCGCCAACGAUGUCAUUUGCGACGAACUGAUGGAGAAGGUGCGCCGAUUGGAGGAGGAUCGCCACAAUGUGGACAUAUCGUGGGCGGACUGGGGUACAAACACGCGAACGGCAAAGGUACGAGGCCCGGGACGCAAAAAGGCCGUAACCGUGUCCGGACCGUACAUCGUGUACAUGUUGCGCGAGGAGGAAAUUCUCGAGGAUUGGACCUCAAUUCGGAAAGCACUGAAAAGGUCGACGGCUGCCGCUACCUGAUAUUCAUUACCGUAACAACUUACUCUAAUGUACAGUUUCGUC